UUCAUACGAACAACAAUUAACAUAGUUGACUUUAAAUGCAAUCUCUUAAUUAAUAAUGGAUGGCCGUAUUGUUAUCGAGUCAUUUACCGUGGGGACUGAACAAAUGACCAAGUGGGUGACGAACAAUUUCAGUGACGGGACCGGUACCGUCAGCCUCGUGCAGUUGUCUGUCUAGUCCGGUUGCGGAGGUCAUGAGGUGAGUGACAUCGGUGCUGAUAUACAAACCAAUAUAGUUGCAACCGUAUUAGUCCAACGUCAACGGGUCAAGAUUACCGUCCACGCUCGAUUGGCCACAAAUAUGCGUUUUUACGGGUUUCCAGUAGUGUUGCUAUUGUCCUUAUUGGCCAACAUCACAGGCACUUUGAGUGCUCUUCUAGGAAUAAGUAAACCAACAUUUACUGUGGAUUACAAUAACAAUGAACUUUUAAUGGAUGGUAAAUUUUUUCGUUUUGUUUCUGGUUCAUUACAUUACUUUAGAAUUCCAAAAGCAUUUUGGAAAGAUAGAAUACAAAAAAUGAAAGCUGCUGGUUUAAAUGCAGUUUCAACCUAUGUCGAAUGGAGUUUACAUGAGCCGUAUUCAGGAGUGUACAAUUUCGACGAUAUGGCCGAUUUAGAAUAUUUUAUAGAAUUGAUUCAGGAUGAAGGAAUGUAUGUGUUACUUAGGCCAGGUCCAUAUAUUUGUGCUGAAAGAGAUUUUGGUGGAUUUCCAUACUGGUUACUGAAUGUGGUACCCAAAAAAAGGCUUAGAACAAACGACCCUAAAUUCAAAAAAUACGUAACUCAAUGGUUUGACGUACUUAUGCCGAAAAUAAAGCCUUAUUUAUACGGAAAUGGAGGAAAUAUUAUUAUGGUGCAAGUUGAAAAUGAAUAUGGCAGUUAUGAUGCUUGUGAUCGAGAAUAUAUGAAAUGGUUACGGGACUUAUAUAGAAGUUAUGUUGGUUUCAAGGCCUUGCUUUAUACUACUGAUGGAUGUGGUUAUUCUUAUUUUACUUGUGGUGCUAUUCCAGGUGUUUAUGCUACUGUUGACUUCGGUGUUCAUAGCAAUGUCAGUGAAUGUUUUAACUACAUGAGAAAGACACAACCAAAGGGUCCUUUAAUUAAUUCUGAAUUUUAUCCGGGAUGGUUAUCUCAUUGGGGAGAGCCAAAUUCAAAAGUAAAAUCUGAAUUAGUUGUAAGAAAAAUGAAAGAGAUGAUGGCUAUGAAUGCUUCUUACAAUUUCUAUAUGUUCCACGGAGGAACUAAUUUCGGUUUUACGUCCGGCGCAAAUACGAAUAAAAAUUCACCAAACUUUGGCUUUCAGCCUCAGUUGACUUCUUACGAUUAUGAUGCUCCAUUGGACGAAGCUGGUGAUCCAACAGAAAAAUAUUAUAUGAUUAAGCAAACAUUAGAAAAAGCUAAUUUUGGUCUGUCAAAUGAAAUAUUGCCUGUUAUUCGACCUAAAGGUGAUUAUGGGAAAUUUACUUUGUACCCAGUUGCUAGCUUAUUUGAAAAGAUCACUCAACGCUAUCGACCAAUAACCAGUGAUAUUCCGUUAGGUUUUGAAGAUUUAGAUGUUAACACCGGUUUUGUAUUGUACGAAACCAUUUUAACAGAUGAACAAAAAGCAUUAAUGAGCCCUACAAUGAAUCUUACGUUGAAAACCGUCAGAGAUCGAGCAAUUAUCUAUUUAGAUCAAGAAAAAGUCGGUAUAAUGUCUCGAUUUAACGGUAAUACUACAAUGCAAUUGAACAUCAAUUCAAAAGUUGAAAAAUUAAGCAUUUUAGUCGAAAAUUUAGGAAGAAUUAAUUAUGGUAGUUUUUUAGAAGACAGGAAGGGGAUUUUCGAUCCGGUUAAAUUGGACAAUUUAACCUUAGGUCCAUGGAAAAUGAUAGCGUAUCCUUUAAACGAAACAUCUUGGGUUUCAACUAUUCAACCUACCCAACAUGCCCAACUACCAGCUUAUUUUAAAACAGAGUUUGUUUUGCCGGAAAGCAAUGCCAAAUGUCUAGAUACAUGGUUAGAUCCUUCAGGAUGGACUAAAGGCGUAGCGUUUUUAAACGGUAUAAACUUGGGUAGAUAUUGGCCAGUAGUUGGACCCCAAAUAACACUUUUUGUACCGUCUGUAUUCCUUGUACCACCUCCAGCUACAAAUACACUUAUAAUGGUAGAACUCGAAGAAGCUUCUCCAGAUUUAUCAGUGAGAUUUAUCGAUUACCAUAAACUCAAUGGAUCAAUAACGGAUUAGAAUUAUUAUCACAUUUUUAGUAAAAAUUUUAAUUAAAAAAAAAAAAAUUGUGAUUAUACACAUUUACAUUAUAAGAAAAUAUGUGCUAAAAAUGAUCUCUUUUUGUACAACUACUAUUAUUGAAUGCAAAACCUAAAUUGAUAUUACUCUAUUUAUUUGUUCAUAAAAUAUGUAUUGUUAAUUUUAAUAUUUAAUUAUUAGUGUAAUUUACACACAAUUGUAAUAAUACGUGAACAAUUUUUUAAAUAGUAUUACCGUAUUUCAACACUUCAAUUAGUAAUGACCAUAGAAGUAUUAUUGACUGCUUAAUUAAGACAAUAAGUUAGUUACAUAAAUUAUUAUCGAAAUAACCUUUUUGAUAUUAGGUUCUUAGAUUAAAUUAAUAUCAAACGUUAUGGUUCAAUUAUGUAAUUUUUUCAAAAUUUAUCAACACUCAAAAUCAGAUCUAUUUUUCUUUUGUACAUGUAAUUUUGUUAUUUUCGUUAAGUUGAUUAAUGGUGUAUUUAUAAUGAUAAGACGAUAUUUGGAAAAUCAAAUUCAUAAAAAACUAUUUGAAUGUAUUGUGAAGUGUUUCAUUAGUUAAACAAUAUAUUCAGAAGUGCGCAUUCAAGUAUAAAAAAUUCCUUUAAGUGUCAUUAUAGUUUACAACAGAUUUGAUUUUUCCCUUUUGUUGAUGAUAUGCUCGGUACACUUCGAUACCAUUUUUAUAAGUCGACGUUGUUUGAAAUAGAUCCUGUUUAACGCGGCUGCUACUUCAUUCAUCAAUUUUCUUUCUUUGUUUUUUUCCAUAUAGUCUAUAUUCGAAUAUCGUUAAACGUCAAUAAAUGUUCAUCGACUCCUUUUCAUACCAAUCCCUAUAGUAUUUGAGUACCGUAUUAUUAUUCUUUUGUUACCUCAAUCUUCCGCAUAUUUUUUAUGUACCAUGUUUUAGUCAUUGCUUUUUUCAUCAAAUUAUUUACUGUUGGCUGAACACAUUCAUAAUAGUUCUAAAUAUAAGAAUCAAUAUUUCGCUAUUCACGUUGACAGUAACUCUCCGAAAUGCGUAUAUAUGUAAUUUAUAAAUUGUUUUCUAGUAUUAUAUUAAAAUACAAAUUACAUAAAACAUAAAAAUAUAUAAGUAAUUUUAAUAUUAAGGCUAUAAACUUUAAAUUUAAUUCUAUAAAUUUAUAAAUUACAACGUUGAUUGAUAAAAAUAAUAUAAAAAGACCUGUAUAAGUUAUUUACCUUUAUCUUCAUUAUAAGAAAUUUUAAAUUUAUUCUAUGAUUAAAUUUUUUGAUUAAGUAGAAGAAUUGUGUUAAAAUUGUGUGCUUAGUUAGUUUAAAUUAUUUGUUAAUAUAAGACUAAAAUAUCUUUGUAUUACACGCAAAUAACCUUUUUUUAAUUCCCAGAGAUUUAAAACAGUCAGUUUCUAAUUAUAUUUGUAUGUCUAAUAAUGGAAGGAAAUGUAGUUAAAGAUUCAUUAUGUAAUAAAAACGUUUAUAAUAUAAUUCAAUUUUAAACACUAAAUGAUCUUUUUACCCAAAAGUGAUUAGUUCUUGUACAGGUUUGCAAAGUGUAAUUACUAAAA